AUGACAUGGGCAUGCACCUUGAAGGAUGACUGUAGCCAACCGGUCACCAACAAUUACCGAGCUCUUCUUAUUGGUAUUAGUAAAAUGGUGUGGUCUCAUACUCCUCGGCUUCCAGUUCUGCUUUGGACAGCAUUCACAUUCCCCUUCACGAUUUGGGACACGCUUUACAUCGCUCUCAGACCCCACACACUUCCAGGUCAUAAAUGGCAUGAUCCAAUUUGGACCCAAGUUGGUACAUAUGCCGCCGUUGACGGCGUCUAUGGUGAACAGGCUUGGCUCGAGGGCGAAGGGUGGACGGCUGCUCAGGGAGUUGUCAAUGUCACUGAGGUGGUGCUGUAUUUGUGGUAUUACGCGAUUGUAAGAAAGAGCAGGAAAGAGGGGAAGGGUGUAAGCGGGAAGAUGGGGGGUAAGGCCUGUGUAGUUGGAUUAGUUGCCGGGACCGUGACUUUGACUAAGAGUAUGCUUUAUUUAAUGAGAGAAGCGUUCUCGGGAUUCAAGUAUGUCGGCAAAGCCGAUGUGUAUGCUUUGCUGACGACAUGGGUCCUUAUGAACGUGCUUUACAUCUCCUUCUCAUCUUACAUGAUGGCAACUUUUGCUGGAGAUAUUAUUGAUGGGCUGUCAUCUAUCGGAGAAAUUAAUGUGAAUAAGAACGAUAAACAAAGAGAAUAA